GAUUUGCUCGCCCUCGAUAUCACCACGCUCGCUACUGUUCCGUCCUUCGUUCAUUCCCCAGCCCGUAUGCCCUUCUUUGAUACUCCUGCGACGUCCUCCAUUGCUCCUCGCCCGUGCGGGAAAUGACGACCGACGAUACGAGAUAGCCGGCUUCACCGCGAGACUCCGAUCGAUCCUUCAGGACCGCGCCUUCGCGACUGGCUCUCCCUCCAAUUCACUCGGCGAUACCUGCCCUCGCCAGCGCAUCGCCGUCGAGGACUUCUAGACACUCGGCCGCGCCGUGUCUUCUCCCAUCAACCGCAUCUCCAAGCUGCACGCGACAUCUUUACCACGACGACGCGAUAACGACUGCCGACCAUGCAAUUCACCGCUCUCGUCCUCUCCGUCUCCGGACUACUCCUCUCGAGCCGAGCCUCCGCCCAGUCUGUCAUUGACUACACCAAGCUGCCGGCGUGCGCCAAACAAUGCUCCAUCCUCUCCCAAGCCGAAGCCAACUGCGUCCCGCCCGCGGCACCCGUCACGAACCAAGAUACCUACCAGUCCUGCUUCUGCCAGAGCGGACUUCUCACAACCCUCAAGACCUCGCCGUCCCUCUGCCAAUCGUCCGCCACCAAUACCAUUUGUACUCCCCAGGACGCAACGACGAUUGAACAAUACUACGUCGCCUUAUGCAAUGGCCCAACGGUGCAGCCGGCCGAGACUACCACGACUACAACUUCAACCGCGACAAGUACAGCCGCCGGCACUGCAACAGGGACAGCUUCUGCGGGUAAUAAGGGCGUGAGCGAGAAUUCGAGCAACAACGAUUGGUUCUCCACACACUGGAAAUGGGUCGUCAUGCUGAUAGUCAUCUUCCUCUUCAUGAUUAUUGCCUCCGUCCUCGGAGUCUGGCUCAAACGACGCCAUCGCCGUCGUGCGGACGCUCGCCGCGCAAAUAUGGCUGCCUCGGAUGCCCCUGUCGCUGAUGCUGCCUUCCACGAUGCCGUCGCAAAAGACAUGGCUAUGUCAGGCGUCCUUCCCACUCCUCCUCCGGUCCGUACUCGCUCUGGCACCAUGACAUCUAGGGGCUCCUCGAGACUAUCGAAGCACCACCCCCCAUCGGACCCGGUCGUCUGGGGCCCCCAUCAGUACGCGAGUACAUGGAACGAUGGGAGUCAACAGGAUUACGUGCGUCAGCCGAAAGCGCAGGCAUUUGGACGCCAUGAACAGGUGAACGAGGCGGAGCCUAGCCACUUGAGGGAGGUCAAGUUGUGAGCGCUGAAGCGUUGAGAGAUGGUGUUUGGAGAACUAUUGUUUGGAAAGGAGUUUUGGGCCUUGUUUGGGGUCUGGAACGUGCUGGUUCUCACGGCGUUGAGCGUCAUGUACUUCCUGAUUGAGAUUGUCUCUCGGGAUCCCUUCUAGGUAGAAGGGCUAUUAAUGUC